GCUUGACGUCAGGGUAGAUCCAGCAACUAUUGCAUCGAAAGAGAAUUGCGGAUAGAUAAAACGGAGGAGAGGAGCAUCUGUCUAUAGGAGCAGACGAACAGUUCCUCAUUGGUUCAAACCACCUAGCCUACACAAUGCCUUUAGGAGAGGAUGAAAAUGGAUGGAAAAAGAAGACAGUGGAUAUCAAGGAAAAUUAUGAUUUCAAGGAGGUCUUGGGGACGGGGGCGUUCUCUGAGGUGUUCCUGGCUGAGGAGAAAGAGACCCAGAGACUAGUGGCCAUUAAAUGCAUCCCAAAGAAAGCUUUGGAAGGAAAGGAGCACAGCAUUGAGAAUGAGAUUGUUGUGCUACAUAGAAUAAAACAUGAGAAUAUUGUUUCACUGGAAGACAUAUUCGAGAGCCAAUCACAUUUGUACCUGGUCAUGCAGCUGGUAUCAGGGGGAGAGCUGUUUGACCGGAUCGUUGAAAAGGGCUUCUACACAGAGAGAGAUGCCAGCAAGCUUAUUCGUCAAAUUUUAGAUGCAGUGAAAUAUUUACACGAUAUGGGCAUUGUGCACCGAGACCUGAAGCCAGAGAAUCUGUUAUACUAUAGUAUGGAGGAGGACUCCAAUAUCAUGAUCAGUGACUUUGGCCUGUCUAAGAUCGAGGACUCAGGGAGUGUGAUGUCAACGGCCUGUGGAACGCCAGGAUACGUAGCUCCAGAGGUCUUGGCUCAGAAACCAUACAGUAAAGCUGUGGACUGUUGGUCUAUUGGAGUGAUUUCCUAUAUUCUCUUAUGUGGCUAUCCUCCAUUUUAUGACGAAAAUGAUGCCAAGCUGUUUGAACAGAUUCUAAAAGCAGAGUAUGAGUUUGAUUCUCCAUACUGGGACGACAUCUCUGACUCAGCCAAGGAUUUCAUCGGCCACUUGAUGGAGAAAGACCCAUCUGGGAGAUACACAUGUGAGCAGGCUUUACAGCACCCCUGGAUUUCUGGAGAUACAGCUCUGGAUAGGAACAUUCAUGAGUCUGUCAGUGCUCAGAUCAAGAAGAACUUUGCCAAAAGUAAAUGGAAGCAAGCAUUCAAUGCAACAGCAGUGGUCAGACAUAUGCGGAGACUGCAGCUGAGCACCAGCCUUGAGGGGCCGAGCCAAAUUACCACCACCGGCCCCUACCACAGACACCUGCUCCUCCCUGCAAAAGAGCUCGACCAUGAGGAGGAAGAGGAGGAUGUAGAGCAAAGCAGUUCUCCCAGUUCAGAGGGGCGCAGAGGCAGUGCCGAUCGGGAUAGUCUUAGAAGCUGUGCUUACUGCUGUCGACCAACCAGCAGGAUCUGAAGUCGAACUCUGAGCCUAGCAGAACCCAACAGAAGCCACAUAUGCACUCCUACCACACCAGUCUGACCCGGAACACAGAAUUUCCUGGUAGCAUGCUCUAGAUGGAGCUAGUACUGAUGGUGGAAAGCUCACAUUUGAAAGGAAAAGACAUUGGGUAUAUCAUUGACAGAUAAGUAACUCCUCUAUGGCCAUGUACACAAUGCAAAGUUUUGGGAGUGACAACCACAAUUGCGGAAGUGAAUCCCCUAAAGAAGUCAUAAUGGUUGACACAGUGAUAACCAUAGCAGUUUUGCCAUCUCACAGCUUUAAAUAAGGCCACAUCCACACUAAUCUGUUUGAAACCUCAUUUUCAGUUUCAAAAUGUUGAAAUAAUUUUUUGUUACACCUAAUGUUAUUGUUUUCCAAAGUAUAUGGUAAUGGAGGUUUUUUUUUUUUUUUUGGCGGAUGAAAAUGCCAUUCUAGUGUUAAGGGUCAUAAACGUAGUGAAAUGAAAUGUGUUAGUGUGGAUGUGGACUUAGAAAGAUGGAUGUCAACAGUUUAACCUGUUUGGCGUUAGCAAUAUUUGACAAAAGAAAUACAUAAAAGACAACAAUUAUUUUUUUUUUGUCUAUUAAUGUUCCCGUCGACAGAAGCACCGUUUUAUUUGUGUUUUAUAAAAUUAGAGUUUUGUGGCUUUAAGUCAGUGUCUGUUUGCUUUGAGGCUUUGAGGUCAUCAAUAUGCUAGUUGACAAAAUUAGCUUUUAGCAGAUAUACGCAUUUAAAAUUGACAGUUUUUCUCUUCUGGGAAAACAGACCAAAAAUAUUAAAGGUGCAACAUGUAACAAUUUUCAUGUAAUAUUCGCCUUUUUUUUUGCCAAUGUGUGAACGGCUUGUAACGCAGCUUACAAAAUGAGCCCUUCCCGGACUUCCUAGUUUGUCUAUUAAAGCCUGUAGACUGAUUUUCAUGCGAAGGGAGCGGGUCGGUUUUGCCUGGAAAAUCCAAAGGAGGUGACAUUUAUGCAUGCUCCCGAGAGCCUUACAAACUGCAACACUAGGUAAUGUUAUCUUAGAGAUGGAAUCCAGCAAACGUCUGGCUCCCAGCACAACACCGACUCCUACACUAACUUAGAGUAAACCAAAAAACAACAACAACAAAAAAAAACAACAAAAUGUAUCUACUGAUUCCCAUCUGGCUUAGCAGGAACGUGAUCGUGGUCGAGCAAAAACUAGAGUGAACAUCGGCAGGAAAUUUGAUUCCUGGAGGGAGCUUCGUUCGGUUUUGGGGAUCAAAACUGACCCUGAAUUGGUGUUCUUCUUAUUGGACAGGUAAGCUUACAUAACUGCAAAGUAUGUGAAAUAUAGUGCCACAAGGGUUGAUCUGUGUAAUUUUAGCUAACUUGAUCUUGCCUGCUAACGCUGACGAAUUGCAAGCUACCUUGCUUCGUAAUUUUCAAAUAAUUUAAAUUAUCUUCCCUUUAUACUAAAUGUCAGGUAUACAAGAUAAAUUUAAGCAAAUACACUGGUUUCUUGGUCGUAGUACAACAUAUGACAUACAAAAUAUACAAUAGUGCAACAUAACAGUGUAGUGCAACAGUAAACUGUCUGGUAUAGUUCGGUAGUAUGUAGCUGUAUGUGUGUAUCAGUAUGCUAUGCUAGCUGAGAAGUAGUUUUAGUUUAGUCUCAAAGUUUAUAGUAAAACAAUCAUAACUGUGUAAUUUUAAUUAUGCUACCUCAUCAGUCAGCCAGUGAAUCACGUUCAGUUUCUUUGUAUGUUACGUCAUUGUUUUGGCCGAUGCUUGCUCGCUCACGUCCCUAUGGAGAACAGGUAGCUGCUGCAGUUCACUUAACGGCCACAAGUGUCAUUAAUAACAAGGGUUUCUGAAUCUUACUUACUGCACCUUUAAUAAAUCAUCUUGCACUCCACAGAUUUUUUUCCAAUCAAAUGCUCUCCAGAAUGAGGAUGUCCCUCCCCCUAAUAUCACAUGCUAUUAACUAUCAAGGAGAAAGUCAUGGUUCAUGGCUGUGAUGUAAUUCCUGAUCAGAAGGUCGGGGGUUCAAGCCCCAAUACCACCAAGAUGCCACUGUUGGGCCCUUGAGCAAGGCCCUUGACCCUAACUGCUCCAGGGGCGCCGUAUCAUGGCUGACCCUGCACUCUGACCCCAGCUUAGCUGGGAUAUGUGAAAAAAAGAAUUUCACUGUAUAUGUUCAAACGUAUAAUGUGUGAUAAAUAAAUAUAAUUAUGAAAUUAAUUAUUAAAUUAAUUAAAGCCUAUUAGCUAUUUUAAAAAAAAAAGGGGGGGGGGGGGGAUGAGCCCUU